AUGGACCCAGAUAAGAUGCGAGCUAUUCAAGAGCUGCCACCUCCCAAAAUGCAAAAAGAAGUGAGAGGAUGUUUAGGGAGGUUGAAUUACAUUGCUCGAUUUAUAUCCCAACUCACCUGCAAAUGUGAUCCAAUCUUCAAGCUACUUCGAAAACGAGACCCAGGAGAGUGGAAUGAAGAAUGUCAAAUAGCCUUUGAUAAAAUUAAAGAAUAUCUCACAAAUCCACCGGUGUUGGUGCCACCGACGGCUGAAAAACCUUUUAUUUGGUAUUUGACUGUGAACAAGAAUUCUAUGGGAUAUCCCAUCAAGUAUAUUUUUGAAAAACCAUUCCUGUCUGGGAGAAUAGCUCGAUGGCAAGUGCUAUUAUCUGAGUAUGAUAUUGUGUAUGUGUCCCAAAAAUCAAUCAAAGGGAGUACCAUCACUGAUUUCCUUGCAGAUCGAGCUAAUGAGGAUUAUGAAUUUGUAAGUUUUGAUUUUCCAGAUGAAGAUUUAAUGGUUGUCUUGCACAUAGAAAAGGACAGUCCCAAUAAACUUAAUCCAUGGAAGAUGUAUUUUGAUGGGGCAUCCAAUGCUUUGGGGCACAGAAUUUGGGCAGUGUUGAUUUCUCCAAAUGAAAAGUACUAUCUAGCCACAACGAGAUUGAAUUUCAAUUGUACUAAUAAUAUAGCGGAGUAUGAGGCGUUGGUAAUGAGAUUACAAGCACCAAUCGAGAUGAAGGUCGACGCGAUAGAGGUUUACGGAGAUUCGACUUUGGUGAUAUAUCAAAUGAGAGGCAAAUGGAAAACUAGAGAUUCUAAACUAGUUUCAUAUAAAAAGUUGGUUACAGAAUUAAGCAAACAGUUCAAGAAAAUCAGCUUCAACCAUUUGCCUCGAGAAAAAAAUCAGAUUGCUGAUGCUUUGGCCAUUCUCGCAGCAAUGUUCAAAAUAAAAGAAGCGACUGAUGUACGCCCUUUUGAUUUAGAAGUCCGUGAAGUCUCCGCACACUGCUUGAAUGUUGAGGAAGAGGUUGAUGGUAAGCCGUGGUAUCAUGAUAUCAUGCAAUACAUCAAGCACCAGGCAUAUCUUGAGAAUGUCACGGACAAUAAUAAGCGAACUCUUAAAAGAUUAGCAAUGGGUUUCUUCCUUAGCGGAGAAGUGCUCUACAAAAAAAGUCGAGAUCAAGAAGAGGAGUUUGGGUGGUUGUUGCCAAUUUUUGGAAGGGGUUUUGUGCCGCCAGUGGGGUGUUUAAGUUUAGGGUUGCCGUCGGUUAGGAAGAGGGGAGUUGGUUUCAUCGUCGACUAG